CUCCUCCAAACGCCCCAAACCUUGUCCCCAACCCCACUGCCAGAUGCUGCCCAGGCCAUCGCCCCCGCCCACUCCCACGCCUCCACCAAUGGCAGUCGUCACACCGGUUUGUGGCGCACUUCAACGGCUGAUUGUGACGAUGUCGUGCCGCAUUUUGCACCCGAUUGUUGACGACCCGAUUGUUUUGGUGGCCCCGCAAGGCCACCUCUCCGGUAUUAUAUAUGUAAGACGGCUUCCCGUAAUCUGCUUGCCACACCAGUCCAACUCUCUACUUUCGUUAACACCAUGCAAUUUGCCGUCCUCACUCUCGCCAUGGCUGCGUCUGCCAGUGCCUACUACCUUCCCACCAACAGCUCCAGCGCCAUUUCCGUGGCUUCCAGCUCCUGGCCUGAGUCUGAGUUGACCACCAAGCUCACCACCGUGACUGUCGAUAAUGUUGUUUCGGUUUACACCACUGUGUGCCCCAUCACCGAAGCCGAGGCUUCUGCCACCCCAGCAGCCACCCCAGCAGCCACUGCUCCAGUCACCACUGCUGCUGCCCCAGCACCAUCCUCUGUAGCUGCCGUUCUAGCCUCCUCCGACGAAGACGUCACUUAUACCACUCAAAUCUUUGUCACCACCACUGCCGGACCAGCCAACGAAGCCAGUGCCACAGACGUAAACUCCCAACCCACUACUGUCUGGCCUGAGUCCUCUGCUGCUCCCGUUGUGUCUUCUGCUGGUCCUCCAUACCCUCUCAACUCCACCGUUAUUAUUUACAAGACUGCUCCAUACACCAAUGGCUCUGUUCCUACUAAUGGCACUGCUCCUGCCGUCCCAGCCACUGCUGCUCCAGGCUCUGUUUACCUCUCUUCUGCUGCUCCAGCUCCUGCUCCUGCUGCCACUGCUGCUGCUCCUGCUGCUGCUGCUCCUGCUGCUUCUUCUGCUGCUCCAGCUGCUCCUGCUCCAGCUGCUUCUUCUGCUGCUCCUGCUGCUCCAGCCCCAACUGCCAACGCUGCUGCACCAGCCCCAGAAUCCUCUGCUGCCCCAGCUGCCCCAGCCACUACUCUCUCCAGCGUUUCUGCUUCUCCUUCUGCUGCCUCGCCAGCCAUCGUCACUUACGAGGCAGGUGCCAACAUCUUGGGCCAGUCUGUCUACGCCUUGGCUUUGAUUCCAUUGGCCUACUUGAUUUAGAUGAAUAUUGUAGAAUUAUUUAAUCGAUCAUAAUAGACACCCACACAGAAAAUGAAGCCAUUCACCCGAUCUUUGUAAGAAGGUUAGCACAAACAGCUUUGGUAAGUUUCCCUCUUUGGACGUCCUUGCAAUGUAGAAACUAUAACAAAAUCAAGUUUAGAGUAAUGAAAAAGGUUUGGGAUGGGAUAGCCGACGUAUAACUUUCUAUUUCGACUGUGCCUUAUGGUAUUAGCAACAUAACAAAGACUCAGUGAGCCUCGACACUUCUAACUAAUGAUAAAUUACCCUUACGUACCUAUGCCAGAUAAUUAUCGAGCCACGGCUUAAAUUUAGGUCAUGACCUAGCAGUCCUCUGCCAUACGUAACUUGCCACAUAACAUAUUCCCUUCGAUAUUAAAAAUUAACUGCGUUU